AUGGAGCUCCUCCAGCUAGUACUAGUAGGCUUACUUUCGCUCGUUCUCUACAAAUUGGUGGGCAUUCUUCUCUUUAAGAACAAUGGCAGCAGACCCCCUUCCCCAGGAUUUUGUGUUCCAAUCUUGGGUCAUUUGCCUCUCCUCGGCAAUCUCCCUCACAUCUCCCUUCUUAAUCUCUCCAGGAAGUUUGGAGGACUCAUGCACCUCAAGCUCGGGCAAGUUGACACACUGGUCAUCUCUUGCCCGGACGCCGCAAGAGAGCUUCUCAAGUUCCAAGACAUCGCAACUUCUUCCAGGCCCGCGAUCUCUUCCGCGAGAUACUUUGGCUAUGGAGGUGCCGGAUUGGCCUGGGCGCCUUAUGGGGAGCACUGGAGGAGCAUCCGGAAGCUGUGCACUCUGGAGCUCCUCACGGCCAAGCGUGUCGAGUUCUUCCAGCCCAUUCGCAAACAGGAGACCAGGAUCUUCCUCCGCGAGCUUCUGGCGAUGGCGGAGGAGGGCCGGGAGGUCGAUUUGUCAACGAUGAUCAAGGAUGUUACGUUCAACACCAUCGCCAAGAUGGUGAUGAGCAAGAGCUACUCGGCCGGGAGCGCGACGAGCAAGGAAGAGAUGGAGGAGGCCUUGUUCUUCAACCGGGCAAUCACUCGCGCGUUUGAGCUCGGUGGUAGCAUGCACAUUGGUGAUUUUGUUCCUUGGCUGGGAUGGAUGGACACGCAGGUUGCAAAGAUCGAGGAAGUCCAGCACAGGAUCGACCUGUUCUUGCAAAAGGAGAUUGACACUCAUCGCAAGAACUUUGGUGGCCAGCCGAAGGACUUUAUCGACUUGAUGAUGUCCACGGGGGAGUUGACGGACGCUUCGCUUAAGGCAGUUUCGCUGGACAUGAUCGCGGCUGGAACGGACACUUCGGCUGUUCUGAUAGAGUGGGCGAUGGCGGAGCUAAUCAAGAACCCAGAAUUCAUGGACAAGGCUCGCAAGGAACUCAAGCAAGUGAUUGGCGAUGGAAAGCUCAUGGAAGACGAGGAUAUUUCCAGGCUCGAGUUCUUGCAAGCAAUCGUCAAAGAGACUUUCCGGCUCCAUCCGCCAGUUCCACUCUUGCUCCCUCAUGAAUCGAUCGAGAGUUUUAGAGCUGGAGGAUACACGUUCCCUGCCAGAACAAGGAUCUUGAUCAAUGCCUACGCGAUCGGGCGUGACAAAUCCACAUGGAGGGAUGCAUCCAGGUUUGAUCCGGAUAGAUUUCUGGGGAGCUGUGUGGAUGUCAAGGGCCAGCACUUUGAGCUCUUGCCAUUUGGAGCCGGGAGGAGGGGUUGCCCGGGGAUUCAUCUCGGUUUGACCACCGUUUACUACAUUCUGGGCAAUUUGGUUCAUGCGUUUGACUGGAUAUGUCCGAGGUGUUUGGUUUGA